AAUCAUUUAAAAAAAAUAGGAAGUGGUUUAAGACUUUUGAAAAGAACUACAAUAUAAACAUGUAAACCAAGAAUGUAAGAAAACAUGAAGAACUUGGCAAAACAAAACAUUGUUUAUUAAUAAUUAAAAAACGCUGACUUAUACAAUACAGUAGAAGCGAAUUUCUAUAAUUUAUCUACAAUUUGAAACCUGAAUAGGAAUAAACUACAAUAGGUGUUAAAUUAAAAUUAAUGUAGAUUUUCAUUUCAAUAAAAAAAAAAAGAAAGAAUGUUAAAGAAAGCGUCACUGGAGGGCGCUAAACAAAGCUCUGGGUUCUGUGGGAUCAGAUAGGAGGAGGCCAUUCACUAGCCGUGUUAGCUACUCUUAGCUAGCCGGCGGCUAACGAGCAAGCUAAAACAGAAAUUUGGCUUCAUGUCGUCCGUCUUAAGUGAUGGCACGACAACAGUGUUCACAAACCGAGGCUGAAUUGUAUUACCUCAUUGCCAGAUUUCUUCAGUCUGGACCCUGUAAAAAAUCAGCUCAGAUUCUGGUGGAGGAGCUGGAAGAGUAUGAGUUGAUCCCGCAACGAUGGACUUGGGACGGGGAGAAAUACAAACGGACCUUUCAAGACUGGGUGAUUUUGAACCAGCACAUUCCUGCAGAUUAUCUGCUUCGAGUUUGUCAGCGGAUAGGUCCACUGAUAGAGAAGGAGAUCCCACCUAGUGUUCCCGGAGUCCAAACCCUCCUGGGGCUGGGAAGACAGUCUUUGCUUCGCACCACCAAAAGUUGUACCCACAAAGUAUGCUGUGGCUCAGCUGUGGUUGCUCUCCACCGAGGACGUCCGCCUGAACCACCAAUCAACAAUGGAAAUGUUCUUAAUGUUGUGUCCAUCAUGGGUGCUCGCCAGGCCACGGGUACGGCUCGUUUUAGCCAGGCCCUGCCAUCUUCCUCCUACCAAUACAUGAAGAUACACAAACGUAUCCUCGGCCACCUCUCCUCAGUCUACUGUGUAGCCUUUGACCGCACAGGUCGGCGGAUAUUUACAGGUUCAGACGACUGCCUUGUGAAAAUCUGGGCCACAGAUGACGGCCGACUCCUGGCAACGCUGCGCGGCCACGCGGCGGAGAUCUGCGACAUGACUGUGAACUACGAGAACAGCCUCCUUGCCUCAGCCAGCUGCGACAAAAUCAUCAGAGUGUGGUGUCUGCGCACCUGUGCACCCGUCGCCGUUCUGCAGGCUCACGCAUCCUCCAUCACAUCCGUACAGUUUUGUCCUGCAGCCAAAGGGACGACGCGGUACCUCGCCUCGACGGGUGCAGACGGCAUGGUGUGUUUCUGGAAGUGGCAUUCCCUCAGUCUGAAGUUUGAUGAACAACCUGUCAAGUUUGUUGAGCGUUCACGCCCAGGAGUCCAAGUCUCCACUUCCUCCUUCAGUAGUGGUGGUAUGUUUAUGGCCACUGGUAGCACAGAUCAUAUGAUCAGAGUUUAUUACCUCGGUGCCGAAAAUCCAAUGAAAGUCUCAGAAAUGGAUGCUCACACGGAUAAAGUUGUGGUCGUCCAGUUUAGCAAUAACAGCGACAGCCUGAGGUUUGUGAGCGGCAGCCGAGACGGCACAGUCAGGAUCUGGCGUUAUCAGCAGCAAGAGUGGAAGAGCGUUAUGUUAGACGUGACUGCAAGGCUGCCCGGGAGCACCGUCGCUAACGGGGAUGAUAAAGUCAAGCUGGUGGUUACGAUGGUGGCCUGGGAUCGCACAGACAGCACCGUUAUCACAGCGGUGUCGAACUACCUGCUCAAAGUGUGGAGCGCAGCAUCUGGACAGCUGCUGCACGUCUUGUCUGGACACGACGAUGAGGUGUUUGUGCUGGAGGCGCACCCCUUCGAYCCCCGCAUCAUGCUGUCCGCCGGCCACGACGGCAACAUCUACAUCUGGGACCUGAGCAAAGGAGUCAAGAUCCGCAAUUUCUUUAACAUGAUCGAGGGCCAGGGCCACGGGGCGAUCUAUGACUGCAAGUUCUCAGCUGAUGGGCAGCAUUUCGCCUGCACAGACUCACACGGACAUUUACUCGUUUUUGGUUUCGGCUGCAGUAAACCUUAUGAAAAGAUUCCCGACCAGAUGUUCUUCCACACGGACUACCGACCUCUUAUCCGUGACUCCAAUAACUACGUUCUGGAUGAGCAGACGCAGCAGGCCCCCCACCUCAUGCCUCCACCCUUCCUYGUGGACAUCGAUGGGAAUCCCCAUCCUCCUCACUACCAGCGACUGGUCCCAGGAAGGGAGAAUUGCAAGGAGGAGCAGCUAAUACCUCAGCUAGGCUACAUGGCUAACAGUGAUGGAGAGCUGGUUGAGCAGGUACUUGGCCAGCAAACAGCAGAAAAUGGUGAAAGCCUGUUGGACAGUCUCAUCAGACAGCUGCAGAAUGAGCAGGACGAGCGUCAGAAUUCAGAAGGAAUGGACGAAGGGGAGGAAGCUGAACCGAUCGUGUUCCCAGCAGCUGCAGGAGAAGAGGUGGUGCCCUCCUCUCCAGCUGCGGAGCCCCGUCGAAGCGGGCAGGUGGACGGAGUCUGGCAGAUGCAGCAUAAUUCUCUUCGUAGUCAAGUGGCCACGGAGCGGAACCUGCUGGCCUGGAGCCGCAGAGUGGUGGUCAAUGAGGUCCCCCGGGGCACAUCCAUAAUUUUGGAGGAAUGCAGAAAAGCAAAAGGCGACAUGGAAUGUUCUCUUUAUAAUGUCGAGAGGAGGAAGAAACCACAUGCCUGCCCACCUAAGAGCAACAUUCUGGCCUCCCGGCUGYGCUCCCUGCGGCCCGCCAAGAAGAAGAAGCAGCAGCGCCACACCUACCAGACGCGCUCGGCUCAGGUCCGCCGGCCUGGAACCAGGAGUCGCAAUCCCAGCAACAGACGGACAUCUGAAAGCCAGAUGGACUCAGACAGCGGGGAUGCAGCAGAGCAGGCGGAGCAGUCUGAYGCCUCCUCUGAUGAUGAAAAUCAGUGGCAAAGUGAAAGCAGCUCCAGCGACUCGUCUAGUGAAUACUCCGAUUGGACGGCUGAUGCCGGGAUCAACCUCCAGCCUCCGAAGCGAUCGACCAGGAGGCCCGUCCAGCCUGCAGCUUACAGCAGCUCCGAGGAGGAAGAUGGAGGCGGCGAUAACAAGGAGGCGCAGAAGAAAGAACACGAGAAGAAGAAGAAGCCCAAAGAGACCAAACAGAAACCCACGUCUUCUCUUGCUGGACUUAAUGCGGAGGAGUGGCAGCCGCCGCCAUGGAUAAUGGAAACCGUCCCACGCCGCUCUCCAUUCGUGCCACAAAUGGGAGACGAACUCAUUUACUUCAAACAGGGCCAUCAGGCCUAUAUGAGGGCUGUCCGCAGAGCCAAGGCCUACAGCAUCAACCCUCAGAAGCAGCCAUGGAACAGACUCAACCUCAGGGACCAGGAAUCUGURAAGGUAGUUGGAAUUAAAUACGAAGUCGGACCCCCGACCCUCUGCUGCCUAAAGCUGGCUUUUUUGGACCCAGUUUCAGGGAAAAUGACCAACGAGUCUUUCUCCUUAAAGUAUCACGAUAUGCCCGACGUGAUAGAUUUUCUGGUCCUGCAGCAGUUUUACAACGAGGCUAAAGAGCAAAAUUGGCAGCCAGGUAUGAGAUUUCGCAGCAUUAUCGAUGACGCCUGGUGGUUCGGAUCCGUGGAGGACCAGGAGCCCCUGCAGCCAGAGUACCCAGACAGCCUCUUUCAGUGCUACGCAGUGAAGUGGGAUAACGGUGAGCAGGAGAAAAUGAGYCCUUGGGACAUGGAGCCCAUUCCAGAGGAAGCUGCCCUGCCAGAACAAGUGGGUGACGGCGUGGACGUGUCGGAGGAGGAGCUUAAAGCUCUGCUCUACAGGCCUCAGGAGGGAGAGUGGGGCGCUCACACGCGAGAUGAAGACUGUGAAAGAGUCAUCCUCGGCAUCGAUCAUCUUCUCACGCUCGAUGUGGCCAAGGCGUUUGCAUCACCUGUAAACCUGCAGCAGUACCCGCUGUACUGCACCGCCGUGGCCUACCCCACUGACCUCAGCACCAUCCGCAAACGUCUGGAGAACCGCUUCUACAGGCGGAUCUCUGCGUUAAUGUGGGAGGUGCGUUACAUCGAACACAACGCUCGCACUUUCAACGAACCCCAAAGCCCAAUCGUAGCCGCMGCCAAGGUGGUGACCGACGUCCUCCUUCAUUUCAUCGGAGACCAGAGCUGCACCGACAUCCUGGACCUGUAUCAGAAACUGAAGUCUGAGGUCAGCAGCGGAGAAGAGGCUGAGAUUGACGUGGAUUCUGACACUCCGGGAACAUCUUCAAGACAUCAGGGAGCCAACUCUAAUUCGAAGAAGCGAGGUGUGGCUUUGGAUGCGAAAAUGUGGCGGAGUCAGUGUCGAGAGCUGCUGCGCCGGAUGUUCACCUCCCCGGACUCUGAGCCGUUUCGACGGCCUGUCGACCUGUUYGAGUAUCCGGACUAUCGAGACAUCAUUGACACGCCCAUGGACCUGGGCACCGUGUCGGAGACUCUUGUGGCGGGGAACUACGAAAACCCGAUGGAGUUCGCCAAAGAUGUCCGCCUCAUUUUCAGCAACUCUAGAGCGUACACGCCAAACAAGAAAUCCCAGAUCUACACCAUGACUCUCAGCUUGUCUGCCUUUUUUGAAAAACACAUCAUCUCCAUUAUCUCUGACUACAAAUCUGCUGUUCAGAACGAACGGCGGGCACGUCAGAGACUCACUUACAGGAACAGAUUGCACAACGGGGGCAACUCCCCGCCAAACAGUCCACACAGUUCUAAAGGGAAGCACAUAUCAGGGAAGGCGUUGAAGCCCAAAAUAUCCCAGACCUCAUUGAAGAGACGUUCUCAGAGACCAAAUCAAGCUCAGCGAAGCAACAAUGUAGCAGAAGAAGAGGAAAGCCCACCUUCUUCACCCAGUUCGGGGGCGGACACAGACGAAACCGAGGAGGAGCCCCGCCUGGCRACCCGCAGCCGAGAAACUCCCGUGAAGAAAUCAGGCCAGCGACCUCUCAGUACCAGCUCCAGGCAGCAGCACGAGGAACAAAGGCCGCUGUCCGACGACAACAAGGAGGAGGCAUCCGGUUCCAACAGCUCCUCCUCAGAUUCCUCCUCCUCGUCGUCAUCGAGCUCUUCCUCCUCUUCGUCGGGCAGCAGCGAGAGCAGCUCCGACUCCGAGGCGGAGGAGUACGUGGAGGGCGGAGACCACGACUACAGCAAAGCGCCCUGCCUGAAGAUGCGCCUCUCGGUGAAGGGGAAGCUGGUGGCUUUUGGGAAGAGGAAGCACAAAGGAGGGCAGGAGGCUCUGCAGAGCCCUAAACGAGCUCGUCUGGAGCCGCCAGAGAAGGAGGAGGAGGAGGAGGAGGACGACGAGGAAUCAGAGGAGGAGAAUGAAGAGGAGGAAGAAGAGGAGCUCCAGCAACAGGUAGAUGUAAGACAUCUAAAGGAAGAGGACAAUGACGAUGAAGAGGAGGAAGAAGAGGACGAGGAGGAGGAGCCUGAGGAAGAGGAGGAGCCUGAGGAAGAGGUGCAGGGGAGGCCAGCAGCAGCUUCCAGUCAGAGAGGAAACYCGUGCAAAGCCGGACGCGUCAACACGCGAAACCAGGGCCGCAGGACAGUGGUAUACCAGGACGACUCUGAGGACGACGGACACGAGUCGAAGGACGACCCCCUCAACCUGGGGAGGUCCCGCUCAGGACGGGUCCGACGUAUGACUGAGAAAGCCCGCGUCAGCCACCUCAUGGGCUGGGGUCACUGACACAGCGCUCCUUUCAGACCUCAGUUUAAAAAAAACACACUUUUAAACACGACAUCAGGGAUUUUUUUUUUGUUUGUUUUGUACAAGUGUGUAAAUAAAAUAUAUGAAUAUAUAUGGUUUUCUUUAUCCAAGACUGCUAAUAAAACCUCAAGCUGAUAGCUGGUGCUCAAACUAUUGUCAGACUUCUCCUCGCUGGUCGACACAGACCCCCCUCUCCAGCUGGACUAACUCACCUCGGGCCUUACUGUUCACCGGAGGAACUGGUUCGACCCGGCCACUCUUCUCCUCAUCUUCCAGCCUGUUCACGUCUACAACACUAAGCUCACUCUUCUUUACGUCUUCACCCACUAAGUCACCAAAGAAGGAUGCGAAGAUGCCAAAAACUCGAUGCUCACGUUGAUGUUAGAUCAUUCGUUCAUUUAAAACACCUGAAACCUGAUUUAGCAUCUGAUGUCAACCUUUUGUGUCUUGCCCUACAACAGCAAGGCUCAGCUUUUAGUUUUCAGAUUGUGUUUUUAUUUAGUGCAGAUUAGUGGAAGCAAUACUAAUUGAAAGCAAAACCACAGUAACAUAKUUUUGACAGCUUUGGUCUACGUAUGUUUAAUGUUUUUCCCUUUUUUGUCCUGAGCAUCUUGUUUUUAAGCUUUUAUUUGAGUGGAACUUGUUUUUUAUGUUAUUUGUUCCUGGGGAGGGGGGUGAAAUACCACUUCAUCCUUGUUGUAUAGGUACUCUAGACUUGCAUCUAUUUAUAGCUUCUUCCUCAACUCCUGAACAAAAACUAAAGGGUCCCUUGGCAUCUCUUCCACACAUGAAUAUUUAUUUUAUUAUAUUGUUUCCAUAGUUUUUUUUUUCCUAGUUGAAUUGUUUAUAUGAUGAGGAAAAGAGAUUUGCACAUUUAUCUACUCCACGUGGCAGCUGAGAAAUAACAUGAGACUUUUAAACUGUGCCAUCYUUUUGUUUGUAACUUCUUUUUUAUGUUUGUACUGUUUUUUCUUUUUUAUGAUUUCUGCUCAUCUGAGCAAAGAAAAUGGCCCAUCUUCUUCUCGAUGUGUUUAAAAACACAGGUGGAUCAGCUACAUCCAUCAUGUUUUAUUUUAAAUAUGUGAUUUAAUGUGCCAUUGGAAAUCAUCAAAAAAAAAGUCUUGUUUUAUCCACUCCCAUUAUUAUUUUUAUAUGAUGUUUACAUCAGAUCUUGUGCUGCUGUGCAAACGUUCUGGUAAAUCGUUUCGAGGCAGAUUACCGGCAGAAAAAAAAAAGAUGACUCACUUUCUGCCUUCUGCACCGGGUGCUUAAAUCCAAACAUCCCAAUUUUCUGGAUUUUUUUUUAUUUUUAUUUUUUUGCACCACAGAGUUUUUAUCUUUUCUUUGCAGUUUAGUGUUUUUAGAGGGUUCAGUUCUUAGGAGCAAAACAGACUGGCACCAACAUGUUCUCUUAACAGCAUUAACUGGUUUCUCUGGAUUAUUAUGGUUGAGCGUGAGACUAAGACUAAACUGUUUGGAGAUUUAUUUUCAGAAAGUAGGAGGCAAAGAUUAGAUGAUGACAUUCUGCUGUAGGUGUGAAACACUUGCUUUGACUUUUCUAUGACAUGUUUUGAUUGUAUGUGGGUUUUUUUUUAAAUAAAAGUCAAGUUUCUUUAAAAAAGUAUUGAAUAGGACGUUUAAGGAUUCUUCCAUACGAUGUAUUAAAAUCUGGGGGCGCAGACUUAAAGGAGCUGUUCAGCAGCACCACGUCUGACUCAUCUGUUGUCUGUACAACGGGGCGAUGAGCAUCGACUGAAGGCAGACAUUUUCUGAACAGGAAAAAAUAAAAAAAAUACUGGUUCUGUCAA